UAAAUUUUAAACCCUAAAUAACAUGAAAUUUUUGUAAUUAAACAUUCUUUUAUCAAUCUAUAUAUUUACAUCGAUAUAUGGUCUACAUGUAUUCUUCUAAGAGUAAUAACGUGUCCACACAGUUAGAUUGGCAGAAUUGAAUUAUUUAAUAUUAUACGUUAUGUUUCAAGUGAAGCGCGAUGUCGUUAGAAGUAGAAAAAGACUUAUUCCGCAUUAAUAAUCAACUAUGUGAAUUUUCUACAGAUGGCAGAUUUUUUGCAUUAGCGUUUCAAACAAAUUUAAUUAUAAAAAGUUGCCAAACGUUCGAAUCAGUGUGCUCAUUUGUGUUUACAGACAUAAUCGAGUAUUUAGAGUGGUCUAAAAAUAGUGAAUACGUUUUAUGUGCAAAUAUAAAAAAGACUAUUAUUCAAGUGUAUUCCAUUCAUUAUCCUGAAUGGAAAUAUAAACUUAUUGAAGGAAGUGCAGGUUUAGAAAGUGUUACUUGGUCACCUGAUAGUAAGCAUAUUUUAACAUUCUCAAAUUUUAACAUUCAAAUAUCUAUUUGGUCUUUGGAGAAUCGGAAUGUAAAUCAUAUACAAAAUGUGAAAUCUUCUUUGAAUAAUUUACAUUUUACUCCAAAUGGUAAAAAGUUGGCAAUAAUAGUUUCAAAUGAAGGUGAAGAUACUAUAGAAAUUUAUAAAACAAACACAUGGAAAUUACACAAAAAAUUAAUAUGUGGGCGUUUAAAUAGUAUUGAUGGAAUAUGUUGGUCACCAAAUAGUGAAUUAUUAUGUAUAUGGUGUUCCUUUAGUAAUGAACCAAAAUUAAUUAUUUAUUCGAGUCUAUUGGAAAGCGAUAUAGGUGUAUUCUGUCCUACUCAAACUGUCGAUGUACCCCAAUUUGAGUAUAAGUAUUGUAAGAAAUUAAAAGGAAUUGAAAGUAUAAAAUGGAUGCCUAGUGGGCAAUUAUUAGCUGUAACUGGAUUUAAUGAAAUGAUCGUUUUAUUAAAUCACGUAACAUGGAAGCCACUUUUACAGUUGUAUCUUGAUCCAAUUAUCAAAGAGAAUUAUUUACAUAAAGUAUACGAGGAACGUAUAAUUCAAACAAAGCAAUCAAGCAAGAAUACGAGUUUCUAUAAUAAAUAUGUUUUAGAAGAAAAAUCUGAACGGCCAAUAAACAUAAAGAUUGGUAGAAAAGAAGAUUUCAACAGAUUUUCUAUUGCUAAAUUCGAUAUUUUGGAGUUCAGUUUUUGUGGACAAUACUUGGCCAUAAAACAUCAACUUUAUCCUACAGCACUAUGGAUAUGGAAUAUUAUUGACGAUUAUCUCGAUUAUUUACUUCUCGAAAAUAAUAUUGUAGCUAUAAAAUGGAAUCCUACGCGCGCUCAUCUUUUAAUAUUUUGUGAGUGUGCUCAUGUGUUUGAAUGGACGCCUCAAAAGGCGGUAUGUUUGCCAACUCCACGAAACAUAAUUACACUAGACGCUCGAUGGCAUUCACAAGGCAAUUUUGUACUACUAUGUGGUUACAAUAAAGCAGUUAUUUAUAAAACUGAAAAUAAAUCAUGAUUAAAAUAAAAAUAAAAAUUCAUUUGAU